UAUCCUUGAAAAGCUAUUUGGUUUUCUUUGCAAUCAUGAAAUCUACUCUUGUAUUCUUCGCUUUCCUCUGCAUACUCUUGCUUACUAUGACAAUUGCAGCAAGAAAAGCGCCAGGCGAAGAAUAUAAUGGUGAAACGAAGGAAAGGUUUCAGACAGAAGCAACUAAAAAAGCAAAAGAACAGUAUAUUAUGAACCCAAUUCCUUUUUUCUACCAUCCGAAUAAAGUUGAUGAUCAGGAAAUGGAUAAUACAGGAAAAGAAUCUGUUAUAAACCCAAUUCCUUUUUUCUACCAUCCGAAGAAAGUUGAUGGUCAAGAAAUGAACAAUGUAGGGAAAAAAAUUGUUAUAAACCCAAUUCCUUUUUUCUACCAUCCGAAGAAAGUUGAUGGUCAGGAAAUGGACAAUGCAAGAAAAGAAUCUGUUAUAAACCCAAUUCCUUUUUUCUACCAUCCGAAUAAAGUUGAUGGUCAAGAAAUGGACAAUGCAGGAAAAGAAUAUGUUAUAAACCCAAUUCCUUUUUUCUAUCAUCCGAAGAAAAUUGGUUCAACUUGAAGACUAUGUUCAUCAAAAGAGAAGUAAUCGUUUAAUAAAAUACUAGACUUUCAAGGAAGAAGAAUCUUAUGUAUUCAAAAUAAUAUAUGUGCUAUAUAUAUAUGGCCAGAAAGAUCAAUAAUUGAAGAUGGGUGAAGCAUUGUCUCCUAUUUAUAUUUCCAUCGGCUUAAAUAUUUAUAGUGUCACCCUAGUAUAUGAGUGUCUCUAUCAGAAUAAACUCUUGUUUUCUUAUUGGUUUGAAAUAUCUGUCGGAAUAAACUCAUUUGUGUGUUCUACAGAAAACACAUUAAAUCAGAAAUCAGAGUAUUUGCAAAAUAUGAUGAUGCUUUUGUGUGUGUA